UUCUCAGAAGGUAACCCCUACACAAAGUUACCGCGGAGAGGCAAACUUUCUGCACGCAAGCGCCCAUGCGGUCAACUUUCAUACGACUCUUUUGAUUAUAGUUGAAAAUCAAAACGCAAUCAAGCAAUUAUAAAAACCGCGAACAUGUCGUCGACUAACGCCAGCCGCACGCUGUUUCGAAACUUUAAUUACAGGUCCGACGCGGAAUACGUGGUGAAAGUCUCCAAAAUCUUGUUGACGCCCGUUGGUGUCUGGCCUCUUUACAAGACUGAUUCUACGUUUGAUAAGAUGAAAUACGUUCUCCAAACGAGCUUCAUGUUCAGUUUGAUGUGCUUCUUACUCGUUCCGCAUAUCAUAUAUACCUUCUUCGAUGCGAAAGACUUGACGAGAUAUAUGAAAGUGAUAGCCGCCCAGGUAUUCAGUCUUCUGGGUAUCGUCAAAUUCUGGACGAUGAUUAUCAAUAGAGAUGAUAUCAAGCAUUGUCUACAACAAAUGGAAAUUCAAUAUAGAGAUGUGGAGAGUGAGGAGGAUCGAUCGGUGAUGGUGAAACACGCCAAAAUCGGGAGACAGUUCACGAUCAUGUACUUAGGACUAUUGUAUGGUGGUGCGUUACCUUAUCAUAUAAUUAUGCCGUUGGUGGCAGAUAAGAUCGUCAAUGAGGAUAAUAUAACGCAGUUGCCUCUGCCAUAUCUCAGCGAUUAUGUCUUCUUCGUGGUGGAGAACUCGCCGUUCUACGAGGUUCUCUUCGUCACACAAAUCGUCUUCAGCACCAUCAUCUUAUCAACAAACUGUGGCGUUUACAGUUUAAUUGCUACCUGCGUGAUGCACGCCUGUUGUCUAUUCGAGAUCAGUCGUAGGCAUAUGGAAACUUUCUUGAUCGACGAAACUAAUGAUCUUCACAAACGAUUUGGUCAAAUAAUCAUGCAUCAUAUGCGAGCUCUCAGAUUUACUGAGAUGAUUGAAAAAUCAUUCAAUUUUGUCUUUUUAUCCGAAAUGGUUGGAUGCACUAUUAUCAUAUGUUUUCUUGAAUAUGGCGUCCUCAAGGAAUGGGAGGACAAUCAAAUGUUAGGUACAAUUAUAUAUUUUAUUUUAGUAAUUUCAAUUUUGGUAAACGUCUUUACUUUAUCAUCGAUCGGCGAUCGACUUAAAGAAGAGAGUAUAAAAAUUGGAGAGACGUCGUAUUUUAUCAACUGGUAUGCGUUACCAGCGAAGAACGUGAACGGUUUAGUCAUGGUGAUGAUCAGAUCAAAUCGUCCUUCAACACUGACAGCUGGUAAAAUAUUUGAUGUAUCACUUCAAGGAUUUUGCGACGUAUGUAAAACAUCAGCGGCGUAUCUUAAUUUCAUUCGAAUGAUUGCAGCCUAAACAUCGCUGCAAUAUCAACUAUCUCGAUCGAGACAUAUCAAUUUCUUAUUUUCACUCUAUCACAAAUACAACACUUAUCAUCUUAUUCGCAUUUAUCAUUUAUCUUCAAGCGACAUUAAUGAA